GAAAGUAAUCGUGGCGGGUCACGAGUCUCUUUAAUUUCCAAAUUUCAGGAGCUUAUAUUCUUUACAAAUAGCUUCUCCAUCGACUCCUUCAGGAAUGGCAAUUUUCAGUGUAAUAUUUCAGUGUCAGAAGGAAACGAAUUAAAGAAGAUAACGAAUUAGCGGCCGUAGCAGCGAGGUAUUCGUGACAAGAGGAAAUCAAUAGACACGUCCCUUCUACUGAUCUCACGCUGAGCCUGAAGAAACCACACCAUGGCAGAAUGCAGCAAAAGCACUACGCUGGCUUCCAUUACGUGUGGAUACCGAUUUAUCGUCGAGAUGACAAAAGUUGAUCGACGAGAAACGAGCAUCGAAUCCCGCGCGAGCGCUUUUUCUGAACCUUUAUCACGGGGAUAUGUCAGCUUGCGGGAGAAAUAACGCACGAAAAAACCGUAUUUGUUCCACGCAAUCGAGGAAACAGUCAACAACGUUAGAAUAACAUUGAAAUGAAACCGUUCGGUGAUUAGCGAGGUACCAAAGUUCGAAGAUCCAGCGUGUACCGAUUCGAUGGCACCAGCGCCAGUUUCUCGAUCGAUCUACCUCGCGGAGGAAUGCUGCUAAGUUUAUUAAGAUUUACCAUGAUCGUUCCGCUACUAAUCAGCGCAGUUUGCAUCGAAGCCAACGGUGAGAAGAGCAAAGCGGUGGCAGAGGUGCGGGAAAAUGAUGUUUUCGGGAAGAGAGACGCGAUAUCCGACCACGGACGCUCCGACGAGCAUGUUUCGAGGUCGCGCGGCGUCGGUUCGUUGGAGAACCGGAUCCCCCGAUCGGGAGACGGAAAUCUGGCGAGGAAAAUGGCCAAGGAGGCUCUGAAAUCCCCGAAGAUGCAGGAGACCAUGCACAAGCUCACUCAUGGACGAUCCUCUCACAGACAGAACAAACUGUUCGCGUCCGUGAAGGUGCCAGGAGCACCGCGACGCAAAUCCUCCGGCGAUUUUAAGAAACAUGGAAGACAGACGAGGCCCAAGGGGCGACAGAAAAAGAAAAGAAAAAGACACCAUAGACGAUACGGAAACCAACAGCCUGGAUGGCCAAGAAGGGGAUCCUCUAAGGUAGAGAAUGUUGAGCACCAGAAGAGACAUUAACGCGUUUGGAAAGAAACUGCAUGGAAAUUCGAAUAAACCGGUCUCAAAAUCGAACGUGAAAAUUACCGCCGUUAAAGUAGACGAUACCGAUUACGUCGAUUUUUCUACCCCGUUGAACACUCAGCCUUCGAUAUCGUUGACAAAAUUACACGGUAACGAAAACAUGGUCGAACGUCUGAUGAGGACGACCACGAAGGAUCCAUCGAAAAAAAAUGGCGGCGACCAGGGGAUCGAGUACUCGGAUUAUUACAGCGAGGACGACGUUCUCCAAGACCUAGCGGCGAACAAAAUUCCGAUAAGGGCGGCCAGCUUGAGGAACCCUAACGAUCGAUUCACACGGCAGACUGUAAAUUCUACGUCCUUUUAUACCGACAACCAGAUCGAUACCAAUGUCCAGCCGUAUUAUCAAGAUUACGACGCCCAUAGCAAAGACGUUAUCUACAGCGACGAUUCCGUGAAUAAUUUUCCGAACGACGCGCUUGGUUACAGACUUCCGGAAUACCAAAACGAGAAUUUAAAUAUGGCGUAUCCGGUCAGCACCGAAGACACACCGGAAGAACCGGAACAGGACCCGAACGUUUCCGGUUUGCAGAACAAUGGCGACGAUCGGAAUCGACAGAACUACGAAACUCAACAGCCCGUCGAUCAAGAUCAAUUUAAUUACGCGAACGAAGGCGUCGAACCACAAAUGGCGAACGUGGAGGUUCCCAAAUUUUCUAAUCAAUUUAGUUUGUACGAUCGUCCAUCGGCGGGAACCAAUCUGCAACUUCCGGGAAACUUGGAACCAAUUACGAUGAACAGACCUCCGGCAGAGAGCAUGAGAUUCUUGCAAGCAAAAAAUGAUUUACCGGUUGUAAACGUUCCUAACGCGAUGGAUCAACCGUUGGGGAAGAUCCUGGAGUCCCUGGGGAUCAACGCGAAUCAGAAUUCGAAUUCGAACUCGAAUCUGGAGAAACUCAACAAUCCUUUGUCUUUUCCCGAAACGCUCGAUCGACCAACGGAGCGCAAGCUGAGUCCAAGUUACCUGAAAAAUCCCAUCUCUAGGGACGAGAAUUUGAGAGACAGCUAUCCCAGAAGACAGCUGAUCGACAACGGGAUAUUAAACAAUAAUCCAUCGCCGUUCGACGAGGGAGGAAAGACCAAAAGCCACAACGUGAACAUCUCCAUCGCCAUGCACGACACCAAGGAAGUUGCUGGCCAGUUACUCGACACGAUCAUGGAGGAAUUGGAAGAGAUGAAGCUGGACCGCGGCAAGAACAACAAGAGAGAGGGCUUACCUUGCCGUUUGUCAGGGUCCUGGUCAACGACUCAGGCAGGAAUGAAGCUGGACCUGAAGGUCGUAAAUCAUACUAUAACCGUGACGGUCUCGGACCUAGUAUCUCCGCGGUUUCACGAGAGUCUGCUCAAUGGGACGUGGAACGUCACCGGUCACGCCCCGUUCAAACGUGGUUCACCCUUCACUCUGAUCGCCACUGACAACCAUACUAGCUCCAUAGCGGUGUUUGUCGGUGCGUGCAGGGUGUGCCAAGGUAUCGACACCAUAGCAGGUGUUUGGUCCGUCGCUCGACCUCCGAAUGAUUGCAGGGAUUUUCAGGUCGCCACUAGCGUCUUCAACGAUAUAUUUCGAAAAACGAAAUGGUCCAGCUUGAAGGAGAAAGAACACUCGAACGGGAACGUGACGGAAACCACAACGGCGAAGAACGAGAAGAAAAGGAGUUAGUAAACGCUUGUCGUCGAAAUCCGUAUGACGCGGAAAAAUGGCGCGAAAUGGCAACAGAAAAUGGCUGAAACUCAAGACGAUGGAACUCGAUAAAUAUAC